AAACCAUAUCAUUGUGAUAUCUGUGGUAAAUCAUUCUCUCGAAAUUUUUGCUUAAAAGAACACAAAUUUACUCAUACAGGAGAGAAACGAUAUCAUUGUGACAUCUGUGGUAAAUCAUUUUCUUACAGUAGUCUCUUAACUGUACACACACGGACACAUACGGGAGUGAAGCCAUAUCACUGUGAUAUUUGUGGUAAUUCAUUCUCUAACAAAAGUGGCUUAGCAAACCACAGACGUAUGCAUACGGGAGAGAAACCAUAUCAUUGUGAUAUCUGUGGUAAAUCA